AUGAAUACCACUAAACAAGAUAGGCUUUGGACACAACUACUCGAAUGGAGGGACAAGAGGGUUAUGGCUAUCAAUGAGAUACUUAACAACAUUAAAGUAAGUGUAUUGAGUUUUACGGCCUUUACAUUCAGCUCCGACCAGAAUAUUCUUGACGCAAAUAAGGCAAACUCUUUGGUGGCAGUCGUGGGUCAGGUCGGGGCCGGAAAGUCAUCCCUACUGUCGGCAAUAUUGGGAGAUAUGGAGAAAAGUAGUGGUGAAGUAAAUAUCAGUGGAACUGUAGCCUAUGUCUCACAACAGGCAUGGAUUCAAAACACUACUCUCAGACAGAAUAUUCUGUUUGUUAAUGAAUAUAAUGAGAGAUUCUAUGAGAAAGUGUUGGAUUCGUGUGCUUUGAGACCCGAUUUGGAGAUCCUUUCGGCGAAAGAUAUGACAGAAAUCGGCGAAAAGGGAAUCAAU